AGAAGUUCAUCAAUUAUACAUAAAUAAAAUAUCAUUUGCGACGUUAUGGCUUCAUUGCUAGACCUCCCUGUUGAGGUUCUCAAUCACAUUCUAGAGUCUUUAGAUGGCAAUGACAAACCAACAUUCUUUCAGCUGAGCCUCGUAUGCAAUGCUCUCAAAGAGCUAGUCACCCCCAUCAUGUAUCGAACAGUGGUUUUAUGGGAGCUAAAUAGCAAAACCUACCAAGGUGCUCCUGUUCCGUCUUUUCUAUAUUCGAUAUUAUCAUCUCCUACCCGGGCUUCUAUGGUCAAAACCUUUGCCAUCACUUCCUCUGCAUGCCAAGCCACAGCUGAAAUGGUCGACUUCGAUAUUUUCAGAGCCCGGCUCAGAGAGCUUGCAGUUGAUAAAACAAUAUUAGAUCUGUGGGAGAAAUAUAUCUUCGAUAAUCGAAAAUCAUGGACAGAUAAUGGCCUCUCAGGAUGUACAGCUCUGUUAGCGGCACUGAAUCUUCCCAAUCUUAACACCUUGUUCUUCGGUGGCACUUUUACUUAUUGGCAUUGGGAUUUGCUCAAUUCCAUUCUAAGAAACGGCAAUCAAGUUACGGAUAGGGACCCAGGAUGCGAUUUUUGGCCUAAGCUUGAUGCAGUUACUAUUCAUAACAUGUGGGACAAGAACCCCGAGAAUACUGCACCCCUUAUGACGUUUGCGUCUCUACCAAAUAUAAAGCGCCUUUCUGGCAUCCUACUGUUAGAUAUGGAGGUGGCACCCGAAACAAUACUCUCCCAGUCGCCUGCGCCGUACAGCACUGAGCUUGAGGAGCUUGUGAUACAACCGGGCUGCUACCUGCAUCAAGACUAUAUGGAGAUACUUCUUCAGGCACCGAAAAAUCUACAGGUAUUCAAAACCCAUGCGUCAAGAGCAUUGGCCAAUACCACUUUCAAGACGCGGUGGCUGGAGGGCUUACUCAGCCACCAAUCCCACGCCCUACGAGAAAUUUCGUUGACACAUAGCUUUUACGAAUCCGAAGAAGUAUAUCAAGCAAGCGAAUUUGAUGAAGUAGCCGAAAUAGACCCUAUGUCUCUUUCUAGCUUUACAUCUCUAGAAACGCUAGAGAUUUCAUCGGCAUUUGUUUUUGGCCGCGAGGCUCUUCAAUUAGCAAAGGACAAAUUCUUUCGCGCGACUUUUGCCCUGGAUCCCUCUGAAGGAGAUAUCGAGUCUACAAGGCAUUAUAUUGUUCAGAUGCUUCCUGGAUCGAUUAGGACUUUGCGUUUUGCGCAGUGUAAUAAUUACUGGGAACUCAAGCGGCUCAACAGCGCUUUGAUGGAACUUUUUACCGGGAGAGACGAACUUUUCCCCAAUCUAAAGGUCGUUGAAGUACACAUGAUAUAUUAUCAAAAGACUGAUUGGGCUAGUCAACUACAUGGUAGCCGUCUUGCAGCUAUAGAACGAGGAAUUGAUUUUAGGGUCUUUAAGGGUGGGCGUCUUGGAGUUGAAAGUGUGGGAGGCGAGAGCGUGAGGAAUGUUUACUCCCUACAUUAUGCGGACGGCGAUGCCCGGCUACAGGAAAUUGAUAUCCAUAGUGAUUAAUUAUAAUAUGCUGCUUUUUAUUUCU